AUGAGGCCAUUAAAUGAUCAAGAAACUAUGAUAGUUUUCAAAAAACUUGCUAAAUUUGUAGGGAAUAAUUUAUUAAGUAUGUUGUCUUAUAAUAAUGAAGAAUACGUUUUUAGAUUGCAUAAGUCAAAUGUAUAUUUUGUUAGAGCUGAUGUUGCUAAACAAGCAGAAUCUAUAAAUAAAAAAUCAUUAAUAUCCUUAGGAAUAUGUUUAGGAAAAUUUACGAAAGCAAAUAACUUUUUUAUAAAAAUUACUUCUAUAUCUUUUUUAAAUGAAUUUUGUAUUCAUAAAAUUUGGCUAAAAGAAUCAGGAGAAAAGAAUUUUCUAUUUGGAAAUAAUGUUUUGAAAAGUCAUUUAUUAAAAGUAAGUGAUAAUAUAAAAAAAGGAGAUGGAAUAAUAGUUUUAUCGGGAAAUGAUAACCCAAUUGGAUUUGGAAUAUCAACUAGAAAUACACAAGAAAUAAAAAUUUUAAAUGUUACUGAUACUAUACUAAUUCAUCAAGGCGAUGUUGGAGAAUAUUUAAGAAGUGAAUCAACUAUCUAG